AGUGUUACAUCCCCGACAGAUGUUCGUUGACGGCUCCUCUACAUUGUCGAUGCGUCGCUUCCUUUCUUUCACAAGAACGUCAAUUUUAUAAAAAAAAAAUAUCAUUUUAUACACAGUAUUUGUACUUCAUCACAAUUUUUUAACAAAUAAAUCAUGUUACUUGUAACAAAAACUAAUUAUUAGAAAUAUUACAAAUCAUAUAAACGUUUGUUUUAUGUCGUGUUGUGAUGUUCGUUUGAGGUUAGGCAUUGGGACGUUAUGAAAGAAAAUAAAACAAUCUUGUAUUAAAGUUUUUAAUAUCGUGCGAUAAAUUGAAAUGGAUUUUGUGAAACGCGAAGACCAGAAUGCCGUCGACGAGGAUUACAAAAUUUAUAUGGAUGGGCUACCAAAACACCAACUGGAAUCUGAAUACCAACACAUGCCAAUUUCAAUGGAACAGCUACACCAAGCGAUGCAGAGCUCUCUCAACUCGUCUGUUCACAAUUUCCAGUUGCCUCUAAGUCCGCGACAAGUGUCGCUCAUGCUGAAAAGCAACCAGUUAAGUAGAAAUUUGAAUUUCCAAGAAGUUCCAGCCAAUCUGCAUAGAGACGAUAUGGGCGGCAUAGAACUGCAUCCAAGUUUAAGGCACGACGAUGUUCUCAGUCAAAACUUGAGUAGAAACCUAGAUAUAUCGUUGGUAAGGAAUUUGGGGAGUGAACUGGAACUACAGGGUGGCUUGGCUCAAACAUUAGUCCAAAAUAUAAACGAGCAAGAUUUAUCUAGAAGUUUAGAUUUGGCGAGAAUAAAUGAUGUUUCUGUACAAAACCUUCCUCAUAAUUUAAGUCAUGAUAUGCUGUCACAUUUGAAUAGACAGCAUUUGGAACAAGAUAUACUAACUGAAGACAGACGGACCCCAAUCAUGAUGGACUCGCAAUUGAUGGAUCAAAACCUGGUGCAAAGGUUGGGACAGAAUUUAGAGCAGAACCUGACGCAGAGGUUGGGCCAGAAUUUGGACAGAUUAGACCAAAGGUUAAUUAGUAAUGUGGUGUUGAACGAGAGGCAGUUGGAACCGACGGAGCAUUUGUUACCGAUGCCUUUUCAUAUCAAAUCUGAGCAAGAAGACGACGGUUAUUUCUACGAUAACAUGAACCAGGGCAUAAAUGGAGUGAACGAGUUAAAUGGUCAAAUCCAGCCAGAACAUAGUUCACACGCAAACAUACACACAGACAGUCAAAUAUAUGCCCCAUACAACCACGUAAAUCUGCCAGCUUUAAACCCGAUAGAUCUUUACACGCGACCCCAAAACUAUAUUCAAAACUACGCGCCAACAAGAGACAAUCCACAAAAUCUAGUCGUUCAUAAACAAUUUGACAUUCCGUUCACGGAAGAGAUUAAAAAGCAAGAAGAAAAAAAAACGGAGGAACCAAAAGAGAAUAUGAAACCAAACGAUAACAAAAUGUACUAUGCUGAAUAUAAUCAAAAUUUUAACGAUAAACAAGAAAUUAAAGUUAAUCCUGAAGAAUUGUCUAUGAAUAUAAAAGGAGAAUACAUUUGUUUUAAAUGUAACGAGAUAUUUCCUUCGAAACGUGGGCUCAAGCAGCACGCUAAACUGUGCACUGAGAGUGAAAGCGGGGAGAACGGAAAAGUGGGCAAAUUCGGGUGUACACAGUGUGCUUACCGUUGUCAAUCGCCGGCCAUUUUGAAAAUCCACGAAAGAACACAUUCCGGGGAGAAGCCAUUCUCUUGUACCUUCUGUGAUUACAAAUCGGGUCAGAAGAAUAACGUAGCGAAACACAUACUCGUACACAUGAAAGAGAAACCUUUCCGCUGCCAGUUUUGUGAUUAUAGAUGUGCUCAAAAGAAUAAUUUAGUAGUCCACGAGAGAACUCACACCGGAUACAAACCUUUCGCCUGUCCAUACUGUGACUACAGGACAGUGCAAAAACCUAACCUAGUAAAACAUAUGUACUUACAUACAGACCAAAAACCUUUCAGUUGUGAUAUGUGCAGUUAUAGGUGCGUGCAGAAAACGAACUUAACCAAACACAAGCAGAGGCAUCUGAACGAAAAGGACGGCGAUAGUGCUGAGAAAUCGAGAACUUACAAACCGAGACAGAAAUCGAUUAAAUGUCGCCUCUGUCCGUAUCGAUGUGUCCAAAAAUCAAGUCUGGAUAAACAUUUCCAGGCGAAACACGCCGGCUUCGAGGACCCGGAGGGGUUGAAAAGUGACGGAGAGAUACAAAACUUAAGUGUUAAGAAAGACUUUACGUGUGAAGAGAAAGAAAUGGAGCAGUCAUAGUAUCCUGUUAGGAUUCAGUUACGAUGUAAGCCUUUGACCCUUUUACAGUGAAAUGAUUCUUAAAUUAUUAAUAAUAGAAUUGCAGUUGACUUGCGAUUUAGCAGCCUUAUGAAUUAUUGCGGAUAUUCAAGAAAGGCGUACGAUCUUUUUUUGUAUAAUUUCUUGUUUCGGUUCAGGGGCAAAUCGAUAAUCGUAAAAUAAGGAGUUGAUAAUGAGAUCAAGAUAUGAUCUGAUGCGCAGCACAUGCUAAUGAAUGAAUGACACUAACCUUUAAAAAAUAAUUUUUAUUAUUAGGGAUGCGGCGUUAAGUUAAAUAAUAAAAAAAAAUACAUCUUCAUAUUGUUAUUUCCUACAAGAUUUUAUUAUCUCAAAACAUGUAAAAAUGCAAAUUUGAGGUGGUAAAUUUGUGGAAUGCGGCAGUGGUUCUGGUGUGGUGCUAUCAAACAUGUUUUGGACCCGAAUAGAUGGUUGCCACUGCAAUCAUGGUAAAAUGUACGCCAUUGUGGUAUACCUCAUUGAAAUAAGUUCUAUUCUGGGUAUAGUUACAGGUCUGGCUAUCAUAAUUCUAGCAACGAUGGCACGUCUCUCGUUGGUUCACUUUAUAUUGGACAUAUAUCACUUAUCUAAAAAAUCUAAAAGAGGAGGUAGUUUUGAUAGCUGCAAACUUGUUACCUUCUUCCGGUAAAUGGCGAGCCGCAACGCACUGUCCCUCAAAAGACAUUUAAACAACCAUGUACAUAUUAAUAUUCACUAAAAUUAGAAUUAGAUAUUUUGAAUCUUAAAAGAUUAUAUAUAUAGAUAACAUUGAAGCCAUGACCUUACACUAAGCAACAUGUUUAAUGUUGUGGAUAUCAGGAAAUGUCGCUUGCGGUAGCGCAACGCGGAAAUGACUAUUUACUGACCUACAACAUUUGUUACUGAUUGUUAGGCUAUCGUACUAUUAUUGUGAUAGGCUCGGUGAGCCAACGAUUCUCUCUUUGAAAUCUUUUUGAAGUAUUGUAUUGCUACAGUAUGAAUUAAUGGUGAUGCUAUUUUUUAACAGUAGGUGGCAGUUACCACCAGAAGAAUUGCGGCUCUACAUUCAUUAGUAAUACUAAUACAAAGAUCCCAUAUAAUUGAAUCGAUUUCGUACGCACUGUAUAUCGAUUUAGGAAUCGAUAUGCCGCAAUUGUCUCUUGAAAGUGUCAAAGGUUAUUAUUAAGUUUAUUGCAAUUUAAGUGAUUUAGAAAUAUAGACGGGGAUAUAAAAUAAUAACUAUGCAAUUUAAUAUGUCCGUAUGUUAAUUUGUUGAUUAUUAUGCGCAUAUUCCAUAAUUUUAUUUAUUUAUUAUUUGUCGAUUGCGAAGACGGAAUUAUUCGUCAAAAUAAGACCUUGCAGAUUUUAAUAUGCAUUAGGAGCGUGGCACACGUACUUCGGUUUUAUCGUCGCGGUGCUGGCCAAUAUUUUUAAUAAAAAUAAUAAUUAAACGUAACCUGUGAUGGAAAUACAGAUAGGCAUUCUUUUAUGGUAAAACUAAACAUCCACAAUUAACGUGCAAUCGUUUUGUGUAGCGGUUUGGAAAAACAAUAUAUUCAGUAAAAAAUAGUAAUCGUUUUGAAAAUUUGCAGCUGUCAAUUGUCAACCAGUUUCGUACUUAAUAAGCUCUGCGCAGUACAUUUAACCCAAAAUUAGAAGUUUUACUAAGUUUGUGAGCAGACCCCCAUCUCCACAAUCAUUACUUUAAGUUUCAUAUUUAAAAUAACUUGCCUCGUCUUCUAAAUAUUUUUAUGUGCAACGAUCUUAAUCUAUCAAUAGCGGUAUUAUUAACAAUAAAAAAUAAAAAUAGUACAAGCGUUCUAUUUUUAAAUUCGACAUUUGAUUUUGAACCACGUGUAUUUCAGCUGUCGACUUAUAAGUAAUUUCGUUUUGAAAUAAUGAUUAAUGGUCAAGGUUUGUUUUUUGAAUUUUUAUUUCAUUUGUACACUUUUUUUGUUUUUAUGUUAACCCGGCCAGACUUUUCUUUUUAUUCGUCGAGAGGACAGGCUAUGGUCUUUCGACCAUACUGCCUAGUCUUACGCAUGUCAAGACUUUUUUAUAAACACAUAGCACGUGUGUGUUCUGCUUUUCUAAUUUGACAUUGAGUGAAACAGGUAAUGGUGACCAACGUUGAUUUUGCCACGAUAAUCGGUUGCGGUGCUUGACAUUGGCGAAUAACUAACUAUUGUAAUAAAUCUACAUAAUAUAUUCAUUUUAAUAUUCGAGUAAUAAGGAAAUUGUCUUAUCGGAAACAUUUUCAAAUUCAGUUUUCAUACAUUUUAGUAAUAACCUGCCAGUACUACGCUACUAGUCUAAACAGGGUGUUAAAUAAUAAGUAAUAAUAAAUCGUCUUACAAAAAUGUAAUAAUCAACAAAUUUCCAUAAAGUAACGGACGCUUACAGUGAAUUUUAUAAUUACAUGACGCCAUUUUGUACCUAUACUUUUUUUUUAAUACAAGCGCAUGCUUUCUGAUCUUAUUAAAAAGCAAAGGAGUUUUGAAAUACAUCGCGGAGGUCAUUGGGAAAAAUCAUUACCUUGACCAGAAUGAAUAGUUUACUUUUUUUUAAUCCAUAGAUCAUUUUUUGUUGUUAAUUGAACAUCGUUGUACUGACCAGUUCAUUUUUUAUACCUCAAACAAUUUUUAAUUAAAAAAUUGGCGUUAUGUAUUUGAUAAUAAUGAUGCAGUAAGCAUGCGGUUCUCUCGUGAAAUGUUCCUGCGGUGUUAGUUCGUGUUAUUGUAAUGUGAUUAAUGUAAAUUUUAUAAAAAUAUACAGGCUAGUUUGAAAUUUUUUUAACACCAUUUUCAGACAUUGAAAGUGUAAAUGAAGGUAGAAAAGAGAAAGAAUUAUGAUACAAAUAUUAAAUUUUAGAGAGGUUUUGAUAAUAGGUACGUUAGUGCUAUGUGUCUUAAUUAAAAAAAAAACAAGGUCGCCAGUCCAAUAAUAGUAAAGACAAAGCUGUAUCUAAGCUUUAAAGCUGAGUAAAUAAAAAUAAUUUUGAACCGGCCUGUAUAUAGUAUGAAUGAAUUUAAAACACUCUGUACAUUUUAGUAAUUAAGCAAUAAAACGAAGGCGCUAUCGGUUUAGUGUUAAUAUUGAUUAGUUUUUAAGUUUAAGACAAUGUUUAAGACAAUUAAGUAUACACUAACCAUUGCAUCUGUGAUUUCGGUGUGGCAUUUUAAAACUUUACUGUGGGUAUAAAUAAUUUCCGUACUAGUCUAAUUGAGGUAUGUUCUAAGAAUCUAAAUUUGAGAUUAAACAUGAUAUUAUUUCAUUUAUAAACAAUCGGGACAUAGUUUUAUAUAAUUUCUAGGCCCGUUAAGUUAACUACAGUGUUAUUGUGUAUUCAUGCAGACCGUAAAAAUGCCACAUCAAAAUCAAAGAUACAAUGGUCGGUUGAUCAUCACAAAAUAUGUUACGGUUUACCAUAACAAAUGAAGUGGUUGUGAUAUUUGUACUCAAAUUGACAAUGAUUUAUAUGUACUAUAUAGGGGGUGCUUCAGUUUACCUAUUAGUUGGUUAUAAAGUAAUUACUUUGUCUAGUAAGCAUUUAGCUAGCACUUGUAUUGUCAAUUUAAAAGCCUUUGUUGUAACGGUAUGACUGGUUUGUCCGGAGUGGUGACUCUGUUAAUGAAAAAUAAACCCAUUGCUGUAUAUUUUCGUGUGGUAAUGCUAUGCUACUGGAUGUAUCAAUGUGAGUUGAGAUUUCAUGUUUUUCUCCAUGCAUAUCAAUGGCGAAGAGUAACAUAUUUCUAAAUAGAACCCGAUACAACAUAUAGGUACUAAUAUGCAUAAAUGCGAUCUGCAAUCGUUCCAAUAAUGUAAGUUACGAAAGGGAGGCUAGCUGGAAUCGGAUAUGGACCCUUCACUACUGCUGUACGUUGAUAUACCAUGAUUAUUGAAAAAGUAAAGAUACGGUAUACACGACGAAUCACACACAUAUUGUAGACAGUAACAUGUUAUGUAAAAGCUGAUGUUUUUAAUCCACUACGAUAAUAAAUACGGCUAGUUUAUAUUUGCGAGUGUAUGUCACAAUUAUGAUAAUUUCUAGUCUUCAGAUUGUGCGUGCUAAUGACGAAUAUAUACUUUUAAAAAUAAUUACAAGUACAAGUACCCUACAUAAGGUUUUCUGAUCAAUAUGUUUGCUAGAUCAUUCUGUGUACAUAUUAUAGUGAAAAAUCAUGAAUGCUAUACGCAUAAAUUUAAUAUUUUUUUCAAUCUAAUAGAUUGUAAUAGUGUGUGAUUAUCAAAAGCAUUAACAGUCUAGCACUUGAGAAUAAAUUUGUUUUUUGAUCAGUAACACUGAAAAAGACUGGCUUAAAAGACAAAUAUCGAUGAAAGUAAUUAAAAAAAAUGGCUGUCAAUAAAUUCGUUAUUUGAAAUAUGUAUUGUUUAAUGGCAGCCAUUUUGAGAUUUACAACCGUUUUGUAUGGGUUCACACAUGACCACUAAUAUAAGCGUAUUGUCGAAUAUUAUUUGCAGGCAUUCGUCUGCAGAACCUCGAGUCUUGGUAAAGGUACGUUUUAGUAUAAGUUCAUAUAUAAGUUCGUUUCAUUAUUGUAAAUCAACCGGAUUAAAAUCAAUCUUCAGAUAAACUACGAGUUCGCAAUGAAAUGUGUAUUUUGAAAAAUGAUUUAUAUUUUUUAAUAUUACUCCUUAAUGAAGAGUCCCGUAAAAUUGUAAUUUAAUUUCUAAUUAUUGUUGAGAUAGUCAUAACAUUGGAACCAAUUGUUAAAUUGGUAAUUUGUGAUAUAUCACAAACGUUUUUAUUUCUUAAUGAAUACAGGCCAAAAUCGAGCAAUGUGUCAAUUGCUAAAAUAUAUCGGCCUGCCACGGCGGAGUUGUAAGAGCUUAGGCUGUGAUGGGUACCCAUUGUUCUAAUUUUAAUUUUGAAAAUACAUUUGUUACCAAGAGAUUGAAAGUACCUUACGGUAUACAUUGUUUUAGUAACCAUUCGAGUUGGUCAUUUCAGUCUUUUCAUUCACUCGGUGCGGUAUCAAAGCAAAAAUGACAUCCUAGGAAUAAAUUCCUGUUAUAAUUUUAUUCCAGUGAAAUAAUUUACAACUGACUCUAAAGGAGGAAAAGCCAAGUUAUAAUACUCAUACACGGGAAUUAAAAAUAUAAUUGAAUUAGUUUAUUUUCAAGUAAUAAAAAUCGUUAACAAUAUAUUUUUCUGAUUAAUCCGAAAUGCCAGAACCACUACAAGGAACUCAAAUGAUUUCUAAAAUAAUGUAAAAGUACCUAAAAGUAUUCUAAUAUUUGCACACUGUAAACAUAUUUAGAGAAAAAAAUUAAAAAAAAAAACAAAUGAUGGUAAUUUAUAACAUGUCAAUUAUAUGAAUAUAAUUAAGAUUACUGAGUGAGUGACAACAUUUCUUUUCUCUUGAUAUGCAAUAGUUAGCCACGACUUUAGUAUCUUGUGUAUAGGGUUCAGAAUCGACAGUUUCUAUAAAAUGUUUACAUUGUGCGAUUGUUAUUAAAUACUCGUGUACAUCACAUUGUAAAUGUUAGUUUUAAGAUAGUGAUACAGUUUUGUGUUAGUCAGAUGUUUUGUACUUUUUUUUUUAUUAAAGGCCGCUUACCAAAGUGAA